AUGCCCCAGAGCCCUUCGAGAUUCCGUGGGAGCCUCUGCAAAGCGGCGGCCGAUGGAAACAUAGCACUGGUUCGGAAGCUACUGGCGGUAAAUCACGGCCAGUACGCGCUGGAGCUGGACCGUAAGGGCUAUUCCCCUCUCAUGCACGCGGCCCGUCGAGGUGAUUUGCCCAUGGUGCGGCUCCUACUUGCCACCAACUUGUACGACGCGCACAAUGUCUCCAUCAAAUCUCGCAGCGGGAACACAAGCCAAGCAGGAAGCGAUGGUCCGACUCCUGCUGGAGCAUGGUGCUGA